AUGCAAUACGCAAAACGCAAAACGCAAAACGCAAAACGAUAUUUCUCGCGCAUAUUCUCACAAAAGAAUCAAGUCAUAUACAGGUCAGAUGCCUUGAGUGGUGCCCUGAAUACAAGGUCAAAACUGCCCCAGAGCUCGACUUCCCGCCGUGACCAACAAACAACUCUUCACCGCUGGCUGGCCCUUUGGUCAACCUACGGCGACUUUGACUGGUACCACAGACAGUACCACCAUGAUGAUGCGAAGCUCACCUGCUCCUGCGGCAGGCAUAAGAGCCCAGAGCCCAUCGCCCUCUGCCACUAG